UGUUGUGAUCUAUAACAUUCAUUCAAACUGUUUUAUUGAAUUACAGUUGCAAUCCCAAAAAUGUUUACACGACAGUAAAUUGUUGAAUACCUUUUCCUGAUAUGGGAAACCUCCCUUAGGAAUGAUUUACGAUCCUCGAUUCAUUGACGUUGCGAACAAACGAUAUACCCGUGCACUUGUUUUGUCCGCUACCAGUCUGCUCUGAAAGUUGUAUUAUUCCAUUUGGUUAUUUUUCAUCUCCUCCCUCCCAAGAUUUGGGAACGAAAGAAAGUGGUAUGGUCAAUUAAUUUGAAUCACAUUCGAAGUGAAGUUUUCGAUUUUUCUCAAUGGAAUUAAAACACCGUCUGGACAGGUGUUAAAAUACAUUUUUUGAGACUGACAAAUCUUCUAUGGACUAUAUUUGCGCUCGCUCAUUCAGAUGCAUUUCUUAUGUAGCGCUGUCUUAUUCAGCAGAUCAUGUGUGUUGAUAAACAACUGCGCUUUUUCAAUAAUGUCCAAUUAACUGGAUGUGUUGCCAACACAAUCUUAAAUCCAGCCACAUCAUGCAUUGUCUCUAGGCCUACAAUAGAUUUGUUUGAUUACAUUUGGGCUGUUAGAAAAAAUACAGUAUGCUGCAACAAAACAAUCAAAUGUAGCCUACUGCAUUUUUUGUCAAGUCCUUUUGGCAAAUGAGGUAAAUGACAUACUUUGAAAUAGUCCUACAUUUGCUGUUAGACUUACAUUACUUAUUGAGUUACUGUCAAGAAAAUUGCACAUUAAACUAUGCUAUUCUCAUGCAUUGUUAAAUUGGAAUUAACUUUCCUUUUAUUAUAGCCUAUACCCACAAUGAGACUAUGUUUACACAGGCAGCCCAAAUCUGAUAUUUUGGCAAAGAAUCUGAUCGGUCAAAAUACCAAUUAGUGGCGAAAACAUUGGAAUUGGGCUGUAAACACAACCUAAGAUUCCCUGGAAAAGCACUUUAUGUGGAGUUUACUUUCCUGUAUUCACCUUUUUAUUAUUUUUUUAUUAACGUUGGUAUUCGUACAAUUUGUCCUCACUCUUUCUGUUGAUCUCCUUCUUAGUGUCUAUUGACUCUAGAAAUAUCCCAGGGCACUGUCAUCUGUUUCUGUGACACACGCAUUCCCUUGAAGUAGGCAGCCGCCUGCUGAGCUGCCCUACAAGGCAUUGUACACUUCUCAAAUGUGAGUCAAUUGGCCUCAAGCGUUAAAACAAUGAGGAAAAAGUUUAUCUCCAAAGUUCUGCGUGAGUGACACAGCAUAGCACACAAACACUGUGGUAAUGAGGGCUAUGGAAUUGAAAUCAAGUUUUUUUUUCUCUGCUUAAACUCACUCAACAUUAUUAGCAUUAGAAAAACUUUAUUGUCCACCCAAUGUGUCUUUGGCUUCACAACAUAAAAACAGACAUUAAAAGCCAUCAGGACUCCAUCAUCCUCAAAAAUAAUAAACUAUACGAACUACAAAAGUGCAAGUGCAGUUUCCCGUUAGACGGCUAUACAUUGGUCUAAAAGCCACAAUCAACAUCAAGAAUUCCUAGUAAAAAAUACAUCAUUAAGACUGAAGGGCACCUGAUCACCUCCAUGAUUAAAUAAUUCAUAUGUACGUACAUCAGGAUCUGAGACCAUUAUCAACAACUUGGGUCAAAUUACUUUUUAUAGAUAUUCUUAGAUAUCUCCUCCCUGAGGGGAGCUUUUCAAACUGGAAAUAGUGUAUGGGUCAUUAGCUAUAGUCAGUGCUUUUCUCUGAGUGCUCAGCACUUGUAGUGCCUUUAGAAAGUAUUCAUACCCCUUGACUUAUUCCACAUUUUGCUGUGUUACAUCAUGAAUUCAAAAUUGAUUAAAUCAUUUUUUCCACUCACCCAGCUACACAAAAUACCCCAUAAUGACAAAGUGAAAACAUGUUUUAGAAUUGUUUGCACAUUUUAUUGAAAAUUACAUUUUCACUCUAAUCAAUACUUUGUAGAAGCACCUUUGGAGCCAAUUGCAGCUUUGAGUCGUCUGUAUCAGCUUUGCACAUUUGGAAUUGUUUUUUUUCUCCCAUUCUUCCUUGCAGAUUUUCUCAAGCUCUGUUAAGCUGUAGGCCGUCAUUGUAAAUAAUUAAAAAAAGAAAGGCUAGGCGGGGAGAGGCGGAGAACAGCAAUCUUCAAGUCUUUCCACAGAUUUUCAAUGGGAUUCAAGUCUGGGAUUUGGAUGGGCCACUCAAGGACUUACAUUUUCCAGCUUUGCUUUGGCUGUUUCCAUUGAUCAUCUUUGAGAUGUUUCUACAAGUUAAUUUGAGUCCCCUUGUCCAAUCAAUUGAAUUUAUCACAUGAUUUGGAAAUGCACACACCUGUCUAUAUAAGGUCCCACAGUUGACAGUGCGUGUCAGAGCAAAAACCAAGUCAUGAGGUCAAAGCAAUUAGAGCCGUCCGUAGAGCUCAGAGAAAGGAUUGUGUCGAGGCACAGAUCUGGGGAAGGGUACAAUUUUUUUGUUUUGUUGCAGCAUUGAAGGUCCCCAAGAACAAAAUAGCCUCCAUCAUUCUUAAAUGGAAGACGUUUGGAACCACCAAGACUCUUUUUAAAGCCUGCCGCCCAGCCAAAAUGAGCAAUCGGGGGAGAAGGGCCUUGGUCAGGGAGGUGACCGAGAACCCGAUGGUCCCUCUUGAGAGAGCUCCAGAAUUUCUCAGUUGAGAUGGGAGAACCUUACAGAAGGACAACCAUCUCUGCAGCACUCCAUCAAUCAGGCCUUUAUGGUUGAGUGGCCAGAUGGAAGCCACUCCUCAGUAAAAGGCACAUGAAAGCCCGCUUGGCGUUUGCAAAAAGGCACCUAAAGGACGUUCAGAUCAUGAGAAACAAGAUUCUGUGGUCUGAUGAAACCAAUAUUGAAUGCUUUGGCCUGAAUGCCAAGCGGUUUUCUAUUUUCUACAUUGUAGAAUAAUAGUGAAGAUAUCAAAACUAUGAAAUGACACAUAUGGAAUCAUAUAGUAACCAGAAAAGUGUUAAACAAAUCAAAAUAUACUUUAUAGUUGAGAUUCUUCAAAUAGCCAGCCUUUGACAGCUUUACACACUCUUGCCAUUCUCUAAACCACCUUCAUGAGGUAGUCACCUGGAAUGCAUUUCAAUGAACAGGUGUGCCUUGUUAAUUUGUGGAAUUUAUUUCCUUAAUGUGUUUCAGUUGUGUUGUGACAAGGUAGGGGUGGUAUACAGAAGAUAGCCAUAUCUGGUAAAAGACCAAGUCCAUAUAAUGGCAAGAACAACUCAAAUAAGCAAAGAGAAACGACAGUCCAUCAUUACUUUAAGACAUGAAGCUCAGUCAAUACAGAACAUUUCAAGAACAUUGAAAGUUUCUUCAAGUGCAGUCGCAAAAACCAUCAACGCUAUGAAGAAGCUUGUUCUCAUGAGGACCGCCACAGGAAUGGAAGACCCAGAGUUACCUCUGCUGCAGAGGAUAAAUUCAUUAGAUUUAAUUGCCCCUCAGAUUGCAGCCCAAACAAAUGCUUCAGAGUUCAAGUAACAGACAUGUCAACAUCAACUGUUUAGAGACUGCAUAAAUCAGGCCUUCAUGGUCAAAUUGAUGCAAAGAAACCAUUACUAAAGGAUAACAAUAAUAAGAAGAGACUUGCUUGAGCCAAGAAACCCAAUCAAUGGACAUUAGACCAGUGGAAAUGUGUCCUUUGGUCUGAGUACAUAUUAGAGAUUUUUGGUUCCAACCACCAUGUCUUUGUGAGACGCAGAGUAGGUGAACGGAUUAUCUCCGCGUGUGUGGUUUCCACCGUGAAGCAUGGAGGAGGAGGUGUGCUUUGCUGGCAACACUGUCUGUGAUUUAUUUAGAGUUCAAGGCUCACUUAACCAGCAUGGCUACCACAGCAUUCUGCAGCGAUAUGCCAUCCCAUCUGGUUUGCGCUUAGUGGGACUACCAUUUCUUUUUCAACAGGACAAUGACCCAGCACACACACACCUCCAGGCUGUGUAAGGGCUUUUUGACCAAGGAGAGUGAUUGAGUGCUGCAUCAGAUGACCUGGCCUCCACAAUCACCCUACCUUAACCCAAUUGAGAUGGUUUGGGAUGAGUUGGAUCGCAGAGUGAAGGAAAAGCAGCCAACAAGUGCUCAGUAUAUGUGGGAAUUCCCUCAAGACAAUUGGAAAAGCAUUCCAGGUGACGCUGGUUGAGAAAAUGCCAAGAGUGUGCAAAGCUGUCAUCAAGGCAAAGGGUGGCUACUUUGAAGAAUAUAAAAUAUAUCUAAACCCUUUUUUGUUUACUACAUUAUUCCAUAUGUGUUAUUUCAUAGUUUGAUGUCUACACUAUUAUUCUACAAUGUAGAAAAUAGUAAAAAUAAAGAAACUUUUGAAUGAGUAGAUGUGUCCAAACUUUUGACUGGGUGUGUGUAAAAUCUUGGUCGACCAACAGCCUAUCGACCAGUAAAUUGGGGUCAGCCCUAGUGUGAAUACUAAUGUAAAUGAGAUAUUUCUUUAUUUCAUUCUCAAUCAAUUGGCAACAAUAUCUAAAAACAUGUUUUCACUUUGUCGUUAUGGGGUAUUGUGUGGUAUUGGUGAGAAUGAAUAUAUUUAAUCCAUUUUGAAUUCAGGCUCUAAAUGUGGAAUAAGUCAAGGAGUAUGAAUACUUUCUGAAGAAACCGUAUAUGUUAUUGAACUACUUUUUGAGGUUUGCUAACUAUCUUGCUAUCCAUAUUUGCUGCCCUGGACAGUUGUGUCCUCUUCUUGGCACUCGGGUUUCCAUACCAUGUGGUCAUGAUGAAGCAAACAAUACUUUUGUACACUAUUUCUCGAAUGUGCUGGCUCACACUGAAACUAUUCCCGAGCAGAUAAAAACGUUGCCUUGCCUUAAAAAUAUCGUGUGUUCACAGUAAAUUCAGAGUUGUCAAAAAAAUUGAAGUGCCUUUAAAAAAAAAAAAUUAAACGGUCAACUUGACUAUUCAAUGUCUUCUGAGGUUCUGGAUUCACCUAGAGAUUGAAGCUCAUAACUGGAACAUGGCCGAUGACAGGCUUGAUGUCAGGAUUAAACAAAUGGUUUAACCAGUGCACUCCACCCGCCGCUCUAUGUCCUUAGAGGGUGGGAACCCUGCGAUAUGCUGAGCUCGUGUUGUUUUUAGCUUUCCUGUUCAAAUUCCUUCAAGCAAACGUUCACCCUGUCAGAGGGGUUUAAAACCUCAAGGAUCCUGGAUCCUAUUUGUCAUCUAUCUAUUCUUCUAUAUGCGUGCCAGCGCCUGUCAAAGUAAGAUUAGGUAGAGACUAUUUUCCCACAUGUCGAAAUAAAAUCACUAUCUGUAUGUCAACAAAUGUUCAUUUAUGUUUGUGUACCUGACUCAAAGCUCAAGAUACACUUAGGCAGGGCUGUUUUCUUUCCCUGCAAAGGAUUUUCUACAUGAUGUAAGCAUAGACAGUACAACGUUAUAGGCUUAGUUUGUUAAAGGUGUUGUAGUUUGGUGUAUACUCCAGUGGAAAUGACACCGUACUGUACGUCCUGGUGAGAUUUACACAGUGUACAAAACAUUAGGAAUACCUUCCUAAUAUUGAGUUGCACCCCCAUUUGCCCUCAGAACAGCCUCAAUUCUUCAGGCCAUGGACUAUAAAAAGUGAUGGCAUUCCUCCAAUGCUUGCCACAGUUGUGUCAAGUUGGAUGCAUGUCCUUUGGGUGGUGGACCAUACUUGAGACAUAAGGGAAACUGUUGAGCAUGAAAACCCCAGCAGUGUUGCUGUUCUGUGUUCGUCUGGCACCUACUACUAUACCCCGUUCAAAGGCACUUAAAUCUUUUGUCUCGCCCAUUCACCCUCAUGUCACAAAGCUUAAUUAAAAGUCCUUCUUUAACCUGUCUCCUCCCCUGUAUCUACUGAUUUAAAAAAAGGGGGGAUUUAACAGGUUACAUCAAUAAAGGAUCAUAGCUUUCACCUGGAUUUACCUGGUCAGUCUGUCUUGGAAAUGUUCCACUAGUCCACCUUCACUCUGGUUUGUCUGCAGCAGGGCCAUCUCAGGGUGUUGGCUCUAAGCUAGGUCACUGUGUUGUCUGGGUCUGUCCAUGCUUGCCAGCUCCAUCUUCCUAAUUACCCAGCCAGCUCCAGCAAGGCAGAGUGAGAGGCUUCUGACACUGUGGCAGCAGCAGCCUCUCUGCAUGGAGGCUCACUAGUGGAGGAGGAGCCUGUCUGGCCUAGGGUGAUAAUCCCUAAGGGGUUAGCCUGGGACGGAGGUGCAAUGCCACAGGCUGCAGACAUGAUUAAUGUGGCCUUCCUGACUGACUCGGAGCGGGAGCUGAUCCUGGAGGUGCUGCGGAGGGACGAGGAACUGAGGCAGGCUGAAGAGCACCGUGUCCGGAAGCUGAAGAAGGAGCUGCUGGACAUUAUGAGGAAGGGCGCCAAGCGUAGCAGUGGGAAGUACAGUGAGCGUAGCUGCGGCCGCUGCCAGGAACCACUUGGUCCACUAUCUGCCGGCUCCAGCCAGUGUAGGGCAUGCAAACACCAAGUGUGCCACAACUGCUGCUCAGUGUGCCCCAAUGGAUCCUGGGUGUGCAGUGUGUGUGCUAAAGAGGCUGAUCUAAAGAAGGUCACCGGAGACUGGUUCUAUGACCAGCGAGUCAACCGCUUCUUCACCACCCCUGGACACGACAUAGUGAGGACUUCCCUCAAAAAGAGGCCCCCACUGAGGAAUAGAGAGAACAUGGGAGCGCUCCUGUUGAACAGUACAGAGUUGAACCCCAGCCAGCCCACCACCCCUGUUCCCCGGCCCAGACUGAGGGACCUAGCAGCCUCCAACAAGGAUCUGCUAGACGAAGUCUCAGAAGAAGCCGUGGGAGUUAAGACCAAGGAGCAGCAGGAGCAACAGCAGCACCGGGACAAUGAGCCUGCAGAGAAAGCCAGCCUGAACAGUGUCAUGACAGAGACCGAGUCCUCUCUUGGGACUCCUCUCUUACCAAGGAAGGAGGAGAGCACAGGUCAGUCUAGUCCAACAGGGACCAGUUUGAAUGGUCUAGUCAAAGCUGACCUCGUCAGUAGCCACAGCCCCACCUCGGAUGCAGACACGUCCUCCGUAGUAAGUCGUCGUAGUGUUAGUUCUGGCACGGAGUCUGUCGCAUUGGAAGAUGGCGGCCUGUUCAAGAAGAGCGUCAGACGAGUUCAGAAACCCUCCGAAUUCACGUCUGUGCUGGACCUGCGUGAGGAGGGGGCUGAAGCAUCAGAGGGCUUUAUGGGUGACCGGAGCAAGUCGGUGCCUGGGCUCAAUGUGCCAGAUGAUGAGGAGGAUGAAGACAUUGAUAACUUGGUGAGCAUCCAUAGAAAGGUGUGCUCAAGUACCUCAAAUCUUCGCGGCUCCAAGAGCACACUGGGCAGUCUGAUGAGUAUUUACAGUGAGGCAGGAGAUUAUGACAGCGUGGAGGUGAGCGGGGACAUCGUGUUCUCUAUCAGCUACGAUGACACCACCCAGAGCCUGGCCGUCCUCGUCAAGGAGUGUCACUCGCUGGCCCAUGGGGACGCCAGACGCCAGCGCUCAAACCCGUAUGUCAAGUGCUACCUUCUCCCUGACAAGUCUCGCAUUGGCAAGAAAAAAACCAGCAUUAAACAUAACACAGUGGACCCCACUUACAAUGAGACCCUAAAGUUUUCCGUCAGUCGCUCCCAGGUGCUCAAUCGUUCCCUCCAGCUCUCCGUCUGGCACCAUGCCCGCUUGGGCCGUAAUGCCUUCCUUGGAGAGGUGGAGGUGCCUCUGGACUGCAGGAACCUCGACGCAGGCCACGAGGAGUGUGUGGCGUUCGUGGGGAAAGCGUCACCACUGCAGUCCUCUGCCUUCUCUCAGUACAAAGGAGAACUGUUGAUUUCCCUGAAGUAUGUCUCGACCAAGAAUUCACCCACUGAAAAGACCAAAGGCAAGAGACUCUCUCUAGGCAAGAAGACAAAGACGGAGCAGGGAGGGGAGUUGCACGUCUUGAUCAAAGAGGCCAAGAACCUGACGGCAAUGAAAGCAGGGGACACGUCGGAUUCCUUUGUGAAAGGGUACUUGUUGCCAUCGAAGGCCAAGUCCACUAAGAGGAAGACUCCGGUGGUGAAGAAAACUCUGAACCCUCACUAUGACCACACAUUUGUGUACAAAGACCUGACCCUAGACCAGCUAAGUGAGAUGUGGCUAGAGCUGACAGUGUGGGACCGGGAGGCCAUGUCCAGUAAUGACUUCCUGGGUGGGGUUCGACUCAGCACAGGCACAGCCACACUGAAGGUUGGGAAGGAGGAAGUGGAGGCGGAUUCUACAGGGGAGGAGGUGACUCUGUGGCAGAAGAUGAUGCAAUACCCUGACUCGUGUGCAGAGGGCACUCUUCCAUUACGCUCCUCCAUGGGCAAGAGCAAGUGAAGACGCCACACUACCUCGUAACCUGAAAGAAGAGCUAUGGAGACAGGGCAAUCCCUCAACUUUUUAUCACCAUCAUUCUAUAAAAAAAUAAAAAUAGACUGUGUCUAACCGCAGGCACUAUUACGACACUAUUGGCCUAAAACAAGUGAUUUGAAAGCAUAGUGUAAAUUCACCUGAUAGCUUGAGGUUUUUGAUAGAGGUAUCAUUUCAUAUUUUUAAAUGUAAGGUUGUCAACUAUACAAAUACUUUUUGAGAUCAAUCAACACUAACCAAAGUUUUGAUCAAAUUGAAAAACUCUUGUUUAAUUGACAUUUUAUCGAAGCUGAAUUCUAUCCAUGUUCAGCAAACCACUCAUUAACUGUGGCGCUUCAUGGGGGUUGCUGGUGUUUCAGUUUCAGGCAGAAUCUCUGUUCCACUCUUAAGGCAUUGAACCAGUUUUGGUCCAUGUCACCUUGGGUUAUGAUUCAUGGUAAUUGAAAACUACUGUGCAUAUGAUUUUUAAAUAUGUAUGUAAAUAUUACCAGUUGCACAAAGUGAAGGAGACUCAUUUUAUUUAAACUUUUAUGCUCUUUUGAGUCCUAUGACUAUCAAAUAUUUAAUUCACCAAAUAAAUAAAAAUAUGAAGUGA